AGAGUCCGCACGGGACCAAGGGGGACCUCCCUGGACCCCGAGACCCCCGCCUCGCCCUGCCGCCCACAACCGUCCGUCUGGGACAGGGGCCGUCGGCCUAGGUUGUCCCAAUUCUAAGACGAGAUGCUUUAGAAGCCACCCUGGGACUGACAAGGUGUGCGCCUCGUUGGGGCCCGUCCCUGCCCUGGGAGGCGGGGCCAAGCGGAGAGUGCCCUUCCUGUUCCUGGGUAGGUGUCCGCAGCUCGAGGGGCGCCGGAGAGGACCAGGCUCCGGGGUCACAAUGAAUAAUCCUAUACCUUCCAAUUUGAAAUCGGAAGCAAAAAAGGCUGCUAAAAUUCUAAGAGAAUUCACAGAAAUAACUUCCAGAAAUGGACCUGAUAAGAUCAUUCCUGCCCAUGUAAUUGCUAAAGCCAAGGGCCUUGCGAUUUUAUCUGUGAUAAAAGCUGGAUUUCUGGUAACUGCUAGAGGAGGCAGUGGGGUCGUGUUGGCACGUCUUCCAGACGGAAAAUGGUCUGCACCUUCAGCCAUUGGGAUAGCUGGGCUUGGUGGAGGAUUUGAAAUAGGAAUUGAGGUAUCAGAUUUGGUAAUAAUUUUGAAUUAUGACAGAGCAGUAGAAGCUUUUGCAAAAGGUGGUAACCUGACACUUGGAGGGAACUUUACUGUGGCAAUUGGGCCCCUGGGAAGGAAUUUAGAAGGAAAUGUUGCCCUGAGAAGCCCCACUGCUGUCUUUACAUACUGCAAAUCCAGAGGACUCUUUGCUGGCAUAUCGUUAGAAGGCAGCUGUUUGAUUGAAAGGAAAGAAACUAAUCGGAAAUUUUAUUGUCAAGACAUCCGAGCUUAUGACAUUUUAUUUGGAGAAAUACCACGACCUGCUCAAGCAGAAGAACUUUAUGAAAUUCUUGAUUCCUUUACUGAAAAGUAUGAAAAUGAAGGUCAACGAAUCAAUGCAAGAAAAGCAGCAAGGGAACAGAGGAAGCCUACUGCUAAAGAAUUACCUCCGAAACCAUCGUUAAGACCACAGCAGUCAUCUGCACAAGUCUUGCUGAACUCUGGCUCCCAAAAUAACAGAAGCAAAUAUAAGCUCUACCCUGAACUUUCCAGCUAUCAGGAGAGAGUUGCAGCUGUGAAAUCAAUUAAAUUCUUACCAGGGACUUUCUCACAUCCUGGCCGAGCAUUGCUGCAGAGAAAAGGCACAGGGCACAGGCCCGAGCCUCAAGUUAAAACCCAUCCUACCAGGACAUCCAGUCCCCUGUGGGCUUGCUCUCAGCCUGUCCCAUACCCACUGACCAGCUGCACUUUUGCGUGGGCUGUUGGGCAAAGCAGAAAUUCUCCAAAUUGCAUAUACUUUUGUUCUGCACCCUUUGGAAGCUCAACUACAUGGUACUUGGUCCUCUCAGCAAGACAGCCUUGCAACUGCACAACCUGGUUUACUGUACCUUUCUGUAACAGCCUGUGCCCUCCUGUGUCAGUCUUCACCACCCGCCGCCUAUCCACCCUGUAAUUUUCAGUGACAGUGUGGGCACAUCCACGGUGGGGGCCAUCCUGUGCUGCGUGGAUGCCCUGGACAGAGUCACUCCAUGCCAAUAAUACUCCCUCCCCAGUUGCAAGGACCACAAAUGCUCCAGACAUUCCCUUUUGAGAACUGCUUUUCUGGUGACAUCACCUAGUGGCCUUAUCUGCCUCACUCACCGAUGAUUCUCUCCCUCUUCCAAAGGACAUGGUCCUCAAAGUGACAGACCCCACCCCUGACCUAGGAGGAUGUGGGUACCAGAUUAAGUCAGCCAUGCAACUCACCACUACAUUAAAUGUACACAAAACCAAAGAUGUGUUUGUUCUCUUCUGCUUGCCUUGCAACGACCUUCCAAAGACUGGAUUCCUUUCCUGAAUCACAUCUAGGGCCGGAUAUGUUGGUUACAUAUGGGUUACAUUAUGCAGACUCCAUGGAGAAGGCAACUGGGAGUAAAAUCGUGACACCCUAUAGACCCCGCCUUGCUAAUUAGGAGCCUCGGGACAGCUGCUUCCUGUUAAGUGUAGUCCUGAUUUGGGAGAGAAAAUAACCUGUAUUUGAAUUAAAGUUGAAUAUGAUGAUGAAAAUGGCUAAUUGCUUCAAAGAGCCUCCAUAUUUCUUAAACACAGGAAUAUAAAACUUGAAGGCAAGGCUUCUGUGAAUGCCAGAUAUUUUAGUUGGCAGU